AUGCUAAUCAAGGUCAAGACUCUUACCGGCAAGGAGAUUGAUAUCGACAUUGAGCCCACCGACAAGAUUUCACGCAUCAAGGAGCGUGUCGAGGAAAAGGAAGGCAUCCCUCCACAGCAGCAACGCUUGAUCUUUAGCGGAAAACAGAUGGCUGAUGAAAUGACUGCAAACGAAUACUCUAUCGUUGGUGGCUCCGUGUUGCAUUUGGUCUUGGCUCUCCGUGGUGGCAAUUAG